GAGUUGGUAGUAUUAGAGAUAGGAUGAUGGAGAUAUAAAACAAAUCAUAACUUAAAAAGUUACAUUUGGCCCUGGUUCAUGCGCUGCUUUAGGAGCAUUCUCAGGUGAAGAGAUGGCGUUUGUGAAGAGUGGAUGGUUGCUGCAACAGAGUACCAUUUUGAAACGCUGGAAGAAGAAUUGGUUUGAUCUGUGGUUGGAUGGUCACCUGAUCUAUUAUGAUGACCAGACCCGUCAGAGUAUCGAGGACAAGGUCCACAUGCCAGUGGAUUGCAUCAACAUCUGCAUGGGGCACGAAUGUCAGUAUAUUCAGCCUCCAGAAGGAAAGUCAAAAGACUAUAUGCUGCAGAUUGUUUGCGAAGAUGGGAAAACUAUCAGUCUUUGUGCAGAAAGUACAGAUGAUUGUUUGGCAUGGAAAUUUACACUCCAGGAUUCCAGGACAAACACAGUGUAUGUGGGCUCUGAGGUCAUGACUGAUGAGACAGCUGUGGUUUCUUCCCCUCUUCUAUAUACAGUGUAUGCCACACCAACACCUGAGCAGGACUUUACGGACAGCACCCUACCAACCAAGUCAUGA